UACAAACCAUCUAUGUGCAAAACAUUUUCAGUUGAAUUAAGCUGAGAAAAAGCAUUUUCGGAGUUUCUAGGAGCCAUGGCUUCAUUAGAAAGUGUAUGCCGUCUUUGCAUGGGUACUUCGAACGUUGUACACAAUAUAGUCGAGGACAAUCUUUUGCAAAUGAUUGCGAUAUGCGUUAGUUUACUGAUUAGUCCAGAUAACGAAACGCUUCCUUUAGGAGUGUGUGCGCUUUGCACGCUCAAGCUAAAAGAUUUCUUUCAGUUUCGAGAAAACUGCUUAAAAGUUCAGCAAAUUCUUCACCAGAAACUAGAUGAAUCCUACAAAUCGGAUGAUUCAGAAACACCGAAAAAUGCGGAACCUUUUCGAAAAAAGGAAGGAAUCAUAAGUAAACUAGAAGUAGAUAUAGAUGAUGAAAGAGUACAACAAAUAGAUGAAGUAGAUUUGGGAGACGAAGAAAUCGAAGAACAGUUAGAAGAAUAUGUUAUUGAGGAUUUAGACCAAUCCAUAGAGCAACUAGAGGAAACGGAUGAGGAAAUUGAAGAAGUUGUGACGGAUUCUAAUGAUAUGUUUUCCGAUGAUGAUGGUUCACAAAGAUUAAUCUUUGAUGUUCGUCAAGCUUAUGAGAAAGCAAAGCAGGAGGUUUAUGCGGCAGAAAUGAUGGAGCUUCUGAAUCACAACAAGCAAAAUGAAUUGCGUGAAAACAGGGCGUCAAGAAGUUCCGCUAAAAAAUCUACUCGAAAAUUGCAGAGUAAUCCAAAGAUCACGGGCGAAAUUGAACCCUCUUGUAAAAAGAAACGAAGAACAUCUAAGACUGAGAAAGAAAUUUAUAGAUCUUUACUGUUGACCUGCGAGAUAUGUGGGAAAGCCGUUGAACGUAGUCGGAUGGAAGGUCAUCAUAAUCAACAUUUGAAUGUACGGCCAUACGUUUGCAGUGAAAACGGUUGCAAUGCAACAUUCACCAGCAAAAUAGGACUCCAGCUGCACACCAAUUACCGCCACACUGGCGAACAGCUUCCAUGCGAUUUAUGCGGAAAGAUGUUUACCUCCAAAAAGGCUGUUUAUCAACAUAGAAGAGAAACACACGCCGAAAAGCAGUUCAAGUGCGAGCAAUGUGGAAUGGUGUUCGUUUCCAGGUCCCGACUCAGACGACAUAAAUUUUCACAUCUGGAUCAGCGAGAGUUCAAAUGUCCUCAUUGCCCGCAGGAGUUCUAUCGAAACAAUAAUCUGAAAGUUCAUCUGCGGAGUCACACGAAAGAAAAACCUUUUGCUUGUAAUUGGUGUGACAAAGCGUUUGGAUAUAAUCGAUUGUUGAAAGAUCACAUUUCUAGGCACCACCAAAAUAACUGUUGAAUAUGAAUAAAAACACCAAUCCUGUUGUUAAUUGUUGCGAAUUCCAUUGAAAUACAAGAUUGAAGGAUAGUAUUUCUCUCAGGGUCAAUGCCUGAUCGAAACAUGAAUAUAAUUUGUAGUUAUUUCAUUUUUGAAAUGAAAUGAUUAUUAUACUACUAUAUUCAGCCGGCGAAGCUGAAUAUAGUAGUAUAAUAAUCAUUUCAUGUAACGCUCUCGUGUUCGAAACAUUAAACUUACAAACAAGUACAGAAAUGAAAACGUAUCUCUACGUCAAAAAUCCUUCUACGCGUAUCAUGAACCCUCCUGUACUCGCGUGCAAAAUCAUAUUCUCGCGCCCGGUGUCACAGCGCAUAUUUCAGUAGCUGAAAACGAGUGGACAGACAUAUCACCACCUGUUUGAACGACUCGUUGAACCAAUGGAAGCGAAUGUAAACAUUGCUCGAGGUAUUUGUGGAGGCAGUUCAAAUAGAAUCGCGGUUAAGGAAACGUGGGAGGAAUUCAGUGAGGAGCUUAAUGCACUGAGACCAUCAAUGCGUCUUGGUUCAGAAUGCCAGCAAAUUUGGAUUGACAUGAGGUGAAAGGUAAAGAAAACACUAGCACACAACAAGCGAGAAUUCAGGGCCAAAGGUGGUGGCCCAAUACAAUAAAGUUAUUGACGUCGCUACAACGAGAAAUCGACGCUAAAAGAGAAUUACACAAAAAAAAGUUUUCCUUAAAAAAGUGGAAUUUAUGUGUGACUCCUUACGGAAUUCCAUAGAUUGCAGUUGUGAAAAUAAAUG